AUGGAAGAAGUUUUUGUCGUUCCAGUGGAGGUACGAUGUCGUGCGUUACGUGUGAACAAGACGGAGCUGUCAAAAGUUAUCACCAUUUUUAUACGUCAACGUCACGCCUUUCUUCACCCAGGAGAGGUCCUCUCGCUUGACGGCGCCUCAGAUCUUAUAGCUUCUACGGUGGAGUUGCUUAGGGUAUGUGAUGUGUACUGUCCGCAGCUCGGCAUCCCCGCGGACGGGGCAGACUACGCCAUGGCAAUGUACACAUUGAGCACCAGUGAAAGUUGUGGGGAGUUAUUGAACUCAGUUGAGCUCGACGGGGAUGAUAGCAUGACGCUAGCCCCCUGCAGCGUGUUAUCUUUGCCAAACACCUCCUUGGAAGGACUGUGGGAGUCCCUCUACUAUGGCGAGACACGGAACGAGUCUGUCAGUCUUAAACGCGAUCUGCUGCAGUACAUGCGUACAGCGAUUACAUUCUCUAGGGCUGGUGUAAACCCGCAUCUUGUGACAUGGAAUCGGCUACUUCUGCUUUACGGUCCGCCUGGCACAGGUAAGACGUCUCUCUGCAAAGCCCUUGCACACAAGUUGUCUAUUCGUCUCAAUGACAUUUUUCCUUUUGCUCAAUUGGUGGAAAUCAAUGCACACAGUCUUUUUAGUCGUUGGUUUAGUGAAAGUGGAAAGCAGGUCAUGCUGCUUUUUAAUCAUAUUCAUGAUAUGGCAGCGAAACCAAACAGCCUCCUUUGUGUGCUGGUGGACGAGGUAGAAAGCUUGGCGGCAGUGAGACAAUCUGCUAUGAAAGGAAACGAGCCAUCAGAUGCCAUUCGUGUCGUCAACGCCCUUCUCACACAGUUAGACAGACUACAGCGGCGACAUAACGUGGUGGUUUUUGCCACCACCAACAUCACAGGCGCCAUUGACGUAGCAUUCAUUGACCGCGCCGAUAAAAAAAUCUUUAUUGGCGCGCCGGGCUUUCAGGCUCGCUUGGAGCUCUUGAAGACGGGUACACAAGAGAUGAUUCGACGUGGUUUGGUUGUGUUGGCACCUUCCUCUAAUCGGGAUGUUGUCAAUGAGGAUAAGUGGGUGUCAGCGGAGGCACAUAUGGAGGAGUUGGGCCAGAGAGAGUUACUGCAGCUGGAGGCCGUCGCGAGGCAGUGUGAGGCGUUCAGUGGUAGAACGUUGAAGAAGCUUCCAUUCUUGGCGUACAGCCAACACGCGAUGGGCGGCUGUGGUACUGGGUCGCAUCUCAUCUCAUUCGCGGCAUUUAUGAACGGCCUGCAGGUGGCUGUUGACGCAGAGUUGUCGGCGCGGGAGGAAAUGAUGUCUUCUUAG